AUAAAACCGGCAAAGUGCACGAGGAUUUCAAGAUGGCGGCUGACAGGGGCUCGGAUAGCGAGUCAAGAAGACAUAGAAAGUCUGAAUCGCAGUCACAAGGGAGUGUAAAUGGUGACGAAAUAGAGGAACCAGAUUUCAGCGAUCCAGAGGGAUACGUCGAUGACAUUUCUGAAGAAGAAUUGCUAGGAGAUUUACUGAGGAGCAAACCUAAAGAAUCUGAUGGCAUUGAUAACAUUGUCGUGGUAGAUAAUGUUCCCCAAGUAGGACCUGACAGACAAGAAAAACUGAAAAAUGUCAUCAGAAAAAUCUUCGAGAAGUUUGGCAAAAUCAACAGGGAAUUUUUUCCAGUUACUAAUGAAAAGACAAAAGGGUACGUUUUCAUUGAAUACACCUCACCUCUCCAUGCCAGUGAGGCUGUCAAGAUGGCGAAUGGAUACAAGCUUGACAAGCAGCAUACCCUUCAAGUGAACAUCUUUUCUGACUUUGACAAGUAUGAGAAAAUCCCAGAGGAGUGGGAACCACCUAAACCCAAACCUUACCAUGAUGUCGGAAACCUGCGCUACUUCUUGCAAGAACCAGACUGUUAUGAUCAGUUCAGUGUCAUUUAUGAUGGAGGAGACAGAACAGCUAUAUUCAAGAACACUGCCAGGGAACCUGUGCUUAUUGAAGAAAGAGCAAGGUGGACUGAGACGUACAUUCGCUGGUCACCCCAGGGAACCUACCUAGCAACCUUCCAUGCUAAGGGCAUAGCUCUGUGGGGAGGGGAAAAGUUUGAACAGAUCAUGAGGUUCAGCCACCCCGGGGUUCAGCUGAUCGACUUCUCUCCCUGUGAGCGAUACAUGGUGACGUUCAGCCCCAUCCUUUCCACCCAGGAAGACCAGCAGCAGAUCAUUAUCUGGGACAUCAGGACUGGCAUGAAGAAGCGAGGCUUCCACUGCGAGACACAAUCCACCUGGCCCAUACUCAAGUGGAGCAAUGAUGGAAGCUACUUUGGGAGGAUUACCCCAGAUACUCUCAGUGUUUAUGAAACACCAUCAAUGGGGUUGCUUGAGAAGAAAAGUUUGAAAAUUACUGGACUGAGGGACUUUUCCUGGUCUCCCUCUGACAACAUCAUAGCCUACUGGGUGCCUGAACAGCAGAACGUACCAGCUAGAGUCACUCUCAUCCAGAUGCCUAGUCGCCAGGAACUGUGUAUCAAAAAUCUCUUCAAUGUCGCUGACUGCAAGAUGCACUGGCAAAAGAAUGGGGACUACUUGUGUGUCAAAGUCGAUCGCUACUCCAAGGCCAAGAAGAUUGAUGAGAAAGACCAGUUUAAGUACAGUGGUCUUUAUUACAAUUUCGAGCUGUUUAGAAUUCGAGAAAAGCAGAUUCCAGUGGAUAAGGUAGAAGUCAAAGAAAAUGUGAUUGCAUUUGCCUGGGAGCCUGUUGGCAGUCGAUUUGCAUUUAUACAUGGAGAAUCGCCCAGGAUUUCAGUUUCAUUUUACCAGAUCAGACCAGGGAAAGUGGAAACUAUCAAAACUCUGGAAAGAAAACAAGCAAACCACCUGUUCUGGAGUCCUACUGGACAGUUUAUUGUUCUAGCAGGAUUACGCAACAUGAAUGGAGUGCUGGAGUUUGUGGAUGCCUCUGACGUGACUGUGAUGGCUCAGACUGAGCACUUCAUGGCUACAGACGUUGAGUGGGACUCCACAGGCAGAUACGUGGUGUCCGCCGUCAGCUGGUGGGGACACAAGGUCGACAAUGGCUACUGGAUCUGGUCUUUCCAAGGGCGUCUGCUGCAGAAAAUUCAACUGGAGCGAUUCUGUCAGUUGUUAUGGCGACCACGCCCUCCCUCCUUGUUGUCUCUAGAACAGAUGCGCGCCAUUAAGAAGAACAUGAAGAAAUACACUGAGCAGUUCGAGGUCAUGGACAGACUUAGACAAUCCAAUGUUUCUACUGAAAUUCUUGAGAAGAGAAGUGAAAUGAUGAAUGAGUACAAGAGCUUCAGAGAACGAGCCACUGAAGAGUGGGAGAGUAUGAAAUACAGGAGAUUAGAACUCAGAGACGGGGUGGAUACGGACACGUUGGAGUACGAGGAGAACGACGAGGAGAUUGUAGAGUUUUUGCUUAAAGUCGAAGAAGUCGUGGUGGAAGAGUAAACCCCAGAAAGAUUGUCGUUAUUUUUACCGCUGUCAGCCGAUUAACAGCCAUCUUGAAAGUUGGGAAAAGUGCCGUAAUAUCAACUAUCUGAUUUGUAUUAUAAUUAUUGUACAGGAAUAAUAAAAUUGACAUUACGGAUAACGGCCUGCUGUCGUAAAGAUGGCAGGUUUUACUUGUAGAUAUUUUUAUUGUUGCAAAGUGCUGCCUGUUUAUGUGCUAUAUACAUUGUAUUUAGUGGUCUGUAUGCAAUUUUUUGUCCCGCUUUCUAUUUUAUUUGGACAUUUUUCUGGGUAUUUUCCUUUCCCUUUUCGGUUACAUUUGAAAAACAAUAGUAUUUAUAUCAAAUUAUGCCAUUUUGUGUGUCGCACUACGAUCUGUCAGGUAUUUAUCUUAAUAAAGCAUGGUUUACAUUUA